AUGUCACUAAAAACCAGCAAAGUACCUCAGAAAUGGAAAUCCGCUAAUUUAUUACCACUCCCUAAAGAAUCACCAUUAAAUUCGUGCAACCAGUUAAGACCAAUCUCUCUGACGGACAUCAUCAUGAGACUAUUCGAGAAGUGCGUGUAUAAAUCUGAAAUCGAACCUAUCACAAGAAAUAACAUUGGUCCUGACCAAUUUGCUUAUAAAAAGGGUCACAACUCGACUAUGGCUCUGAUUAAAUCACAACAUCAAUGGCUAGAGUGGCUGGAUAAAAACGCUAAUUAUGUUAGAGUGCUGUCGUUCGAUUUCAGCAAAGCAUUUGACAGUGUGCCCCACGAUCUUUUGUUUGAAAAAGUUAAAAAGCUACCCAUUAAUCCGUAUGUGGUGAACUGGUUAAUUAGCUUUCUAGAAAAUAGAAUACAAAGAGUAAUGGUUGAUGGAAUGGUUACAGAAUAUUUAUAUAUUAAUCGUGGUGUCCCUCAAGGUACUGUUUUAGGCCCAGUUCUUUUCUCAAUAAUGGUUGAUGAUAUUAAAACUGCUGAUCCUAGUAAUGCGUUAGUCAAAUUUGCUGACGAUUUGACGUUAGGAGUGCCUGGCAACGAAAGUGGUGACACAUCUCGAUCUGAAGCUGCCUGUUUACAGGAUUGGGCGGAAGAGAAUAGAAUGCCCUUAAACUUGGAAAAAACGUACGAAAUGGUUGUUCGCAGACACACCUCUGUAGUUUUGCCCGAGCUUAUCCCUUCAAUUAAGCGAAAAACAUGGCUAAAGCUUUUAGGAGUUACUCUACAAGAUAACCCGUGCAACUGGGAUUUGCACUUUGAAGAAAUGCUCAAAAAAGCAAGUGGACGAAUGUACAUUAUGAGAGUUUGCAAAUACUAUGGACUAUCAAUUAAACAAUUAGAUCUGCUGUUUGAUAGCCUAAUUAUGUCGAUAUUCACUUUUGCUAUUGAGCUGUGGGGUUGUGCAUACGACGGUAAAUAUUUGAACCAAAUAGAUAAAUUCAUUAAACGUGCACAUAAGAAUGGUUAUAUAUCAAAACGAACACACAUUAAAGAAAUACGUGAUAAGAGAGAUAAGAAACUGUGGAACAAAAUAACAUCAACUGAGGACAAUGCAUUGCUUGAACUGCUGCCGGAAAAAA